AUGGCACAAGCAUUCUCCACCCAAGCCAAAAUCCCUCUUCGAAUCCUUUGUUUCGGAGAUUCCCUGACGGCCGGGACAACGCAAAUGUUUCAAUUACAUCCCUAUGCACCACAUCUCCAAAAGGCACUAACAGAGAGCACAAAGCUACAGAGCCUGGAUAUUGAAGUAAUGCACCUGGGAUUUCCAGGGUGGACAUCAGAGGAUCUUCUAAAGGACGCUGAUGGUCCUAAAGGUCUGCGAACCACCAUUAGCCGAAAUCAAGAACCACCGAUAUCGUUGGUAAUUCUGUUGGCCGGAACAAAUGAUUUGGGCUCUAGCAAAUCAUCAUCUGAAAUAUCCGAGGGAGUCAUAUCACUGCAUAAGCUUUGUCUCGAGGAAAAGGUUUCGAAUACGAUUGCCAUUGGGAUUCCGUCUUCUUUUUAUCAAACACUAAGCUCCAAAGCAUCAGAGGUGGCCAAAACUGCGAAUCAGGGAAUUGAAUCAUUUUGCGAAUCGGAUCCAAGGGCUGCUUAUUUCCCUUUUCCUUUUGAGUACAGCAAGGAUGACGGAAACUGGGAUCCCGAUGGGUUGCAUUUUUCUGCAAAAGGAUACCAAGUGCUCGGUGAAAGUCUAGCUCCAGCCGUAGAGGACAUUGUCGCAAAGCAACUCAAUCUUUGA